GGGACCAGCGGACACUAGGACCCAACCGUAGGCAGAAGUUUGGAUGCUCACUGGAGGCUUCCGAUGCACCUGAAGCACUCGCGAGCUCAGAGAUUUCAGCUCCUCGCGGACAGCAGCACAGAUCAUCAACAUGACAGAAUGUUUCAAAAACUGCUGCCGGACAUUUAUGUCCAAGAAGAAUGAGCCAGAAAUUCAGAUGAUUAAGGUUCGACUUCCGGGUAAAUUAACUGCUGAGUCUAAUGUGAAGAGGAAUGUUGGAGUAUCAGAGGAUUAUCUGCUGUCUAAACUGCCUCCGGAUGGCCGGGAGGUUCCGUUCUUUGUCCCAAACUUCAAACCUUCCUAUAUCCAGCCGAGAGGAGCACAGCACUCUGGCUACAACAUUGGGCAACAGAGUGCCACAAGGACCACUUAUGCAGAAAGGAAGGCAGAACUGGCAAUAGCCGGUCAAAUGGUAUAUGACCCUGAUUUGACCUUAAACAGCAGUCAUAUGAUCAGCUACGUGUCACCUGGCUCACUGAGACGCCCCACUCUGAAAAUCAGACCCAAUAGCAGUCCUGGCACAGGUUUGGAACAUAGUGACAAACAAACACUCAGUUCUUCUUUGUAUGAUUUGUCAAACACUCAGGGCCAUGUAAAGCGUUAUGAUUCUGUAUCCAGUGUCCAGAGCAGCACAUCCUCUGUUCAGGAUUCCAUUGGGAGCAGCCGUAGUCUAGACUCCAUCACUUUCUCUGGCGAUGAGCGAGAUUGUGAGCCGGGAAAAGUGUGUGUGCAGCUGAAGUAUGAAGAGGCAGUGGAGCAGGUGUGGAUCACCUUAGUGAAGUGUACAGACUUGAGUGUGUAUACUGACGGGGUGGAGUUGCAGAAGAUUGGGGUCAAAGGGGUCAUCACCAUGUCCAAGCCAGUGCGAUUUAAGAGCACCGUCAAGGAAGCAUCAGCAGACACUGUCUUCAUGGAGACAUUCGUGUUCACUCUUAACUUAGAGCAGAUACGCAGGUCUGCACUGGUGCUGUGCCUGCAGGCUCACACACCACGUAGGCGUACGCUGGGAGAGUGUGUAUUAUCUCUGCGAAACCUUGGACAACAGGAAACAAAGCACUGGCUGGAGUUCAAGCCUCACUCUAAAACACAUGUGUGUCAUGCUGAGCUUCAGCUGGCCUUGUGCUUCCAGCCAGUGAGUAGUCGAAUGCAACUCCAGAUCCUCAGUGCUCAAAACCUUCCAACAUCUUCCUCACCACUUACACAGAGAUUCUUUGUGAAGGUUGAAUUGUUGAGUGAGGGUAAGGUCUUACUGAAGAGGAAGACGAAGGUGAUGAAGUCAUCAGAAGGGCAGAUCCAAUGGGGGGAGGUGCUUCACUUGCCCAUCACCAAUCAAGACCAGAAUCUGCAGCUGGCAGUCAAACUCUGCAGUCGCAGCUCUGUUCGGAGAAAACACCUGCUUGGACAGAUCCUCUUGGGUUUCGAAAGCAGUUCUCCUGAGGCGGAGGAACAAUGGAGGGAUUCCAUGGCUAAUCCUGAAAAAGUGGUGACGUCUUGGCACAGAGUUAGUCGACUAUGAAGUGAGAGGAUGAAGAAAGACAUUUUUUAGCCUAGUGGAUUUCAAAACUUUCAAAAAGGAAAAAAAAACCAACCCUUUUUCUAUCUUUGAAUAAUUAAAUAUGGUUAUUAUAUGGGAAAAAGGUGUUUGCCUAGAACGCUGCUUCUCAUCUACAGGUUUAAAAUUGAGUCACAUACCCUCCGCAGACUCUAGUCUGGUUAAUCCUGUAUUCAGCUGUUUGUAUAUUUAACAUUCUAUGUUCUUCUUUGGUGUAACUUUGAGAACGUGCAACUGUCUAAAACAUGGCACAGGAACAGGAUGCAUAGACAUUAUGUGCAAUAAAGUGUAUUAUACAGAGCUCUACAACUGUCAGUUUGGCAACAUGGCCAAAUAUUGAGCAGACAGUCAGCUAAUUACGUAACAGAGUUCAUAAAUGAAGUAUUAUGUUCAAUAUUUUUUAAUGUCACCUCCAUACAGCUUCAGUGCUGUUGAGUGAAUGUGAAUCUGUUCUCUGUAGAAACAGAUAUCUGCAUUUUCUGAGCAAUUUCAUGACUAUUAUUGCACUUUAGCCAGCUUUUGGAAGGAGAUGAACCUGUUUUAAGUGCAGUAUAAACUGUGUUGGUGUUGGGGGUGAACACUAUUUAAAAAUGUUUUAUUUUUAGAAGUUCAGAAAGGUUUGGGUUACAUUCCUUUCCAUGGAAAUUAAAUCCUUUAAAUUGUUCCAUAUUUCAUUUCACAAACACAAAACAGAGAAAGGCCACAAGAGAGUGCAAGAAAGAGACUUUUGUUUUGUUAUUCACUUCCCUGCAAGUGACAGUAGCUUGUCUAAAAGUGUUAAUUGUAGGCCUAUUAAGGUUUAAGUACAUUGUGUUAAUGAAUGCUGUAGUUCAGGUGACAUGGGAUAUUAUUACUAAUAUUUCGUUCAUAUUGACUGUAUUUUGUAUGCAUACACACAAAUAUUGUUUGAUCCCAGUCUGGCAUCCUGAUGUUAAAGAGAGAGAGAGAAACAUUGUUUGUAAAAUAAAAUAAAAAUGUGUUCAAUUUUAAUGGGAUUU